AUGAACGUCGUCGAGACCGGGAGAGGCAAUUCGGCUGGUGGACGGGUAGGACAAAGUGGGCAUGAUUCUGCUUCCCCAGGCAUGUUGCCUCUGCCCGGGAUGUCGCCCGCCGUAUUGCCAACGGGAAAGGGACUGGUGGAGGGCUAUCGAAAGGACAUCCUCAGCGGCUUUGAAAAAAAGAAGCCCCGAUACAAUCCUCUGAACGAGAACCGUCCGCACAGCUCCGCCCUCGUCGAUCUGAAGGACCCGAUCCAGGUGCAUCUGCUGACUGAAACCGCCCUCUCCGACAGCAAAGCCUUCGAGAUCCUGUCACCGGAGGAGGUGGAUGAUCUCAAGAAGCAGAUCCAUUCUCUGUCGAUGCGCGUCGAGCAAGCCCGCGCGAAUCUUGUGAUACAGUCCAAAUACCACGAUGCUGCCGUAUCCAUGGCUCGGCUAUACUCGCCCGCAAAAGCUGAAGGCAAGAGAAGGAGCUUGUUGGGCAACCGCAUGAGCGACUCCGCCAAAGAGGCUGAGAUGGAGAAGCUGGCGAGCGAGCGGCGCUGCGAGGAGAUUGCCGCAGAAUUAUUUUCGCUCGAGAAGCGUCUCAUGGAGCCUCAGCGGCGGCUACUCGAGCACACUGCCGGCAUCCUGCAGAUGACGCACCGCGCCUCGGCCAAGAAUUCGGGACAGAUACCGGUUGGAUUUACGAUGAAUGGCAUUCCUGGCAGCCCCGAGAGCCUCUACACAUACACCCACACGCGCAACAGCAUGGAUAUUUCCAGCGAGGAGCUCGAGUUUGACAGGAGCCUCUACUUGCCGCUCGAUCAGCCAGGCGGCCCGGCUGCACGGCCUCGCAAAAACACCAUCGAGAUACCGAUGAAGUCGCCCAUUCGGGAGCAGAAUGCUCAACUACGGGAAUUGCGCGAGGAGGUGGAGAAGGUGAAAGAGGAGAACGAGCGCAUUCUGGAAGAGAACAUCCAGCUGAAGGCGGCCGAGCGGCAGUUGCAGGACGAGCUCGCCCGGCUCACAGCAUCCGAGGAGUGGCUCAGAGAGGAGGUGUCGCAACUUCAAUCCAGAGAGCAGCAGCUUAUGGACGAGCACGCGAGGGCUGUGGAAGAACAUGCGCGCAUCAAGGGCGAGACAUCACGGAUGCUGGACGAGACCAGCCGGUUCAAGGAUGCUGACGCACGGCUCCGGGCCAUCGAGGAACAGAUGACUUCCGAAACCGAAGCGCUUCGCAUACAAAGCGCCGGGCACCUCAAGGCCAUCGCAGAGACGGAGGCGAGGUUGGAGGGUUUGAACCGAAAGCUUCGCGAUUUGAUUGUGGCCUUCAGCCCGGAAAAGAAUGGCGAGUUCGACCGUCCGGGAGCUGCUGCUGGCUCGGGCGAGACGCUGGAAAGCCAGCUGGCGUACAUGGAAAGUGGCUUAAGUGCGGCGCUCGAGGAAUUAGAGUCGUCCUCGGCUGGGGCAUCAGCAAUUGCAUCCUCUCUUAGCCAGGCGGAGGCGUCGCUCGACCAAGCCAGUGCGCGUAUCCAAGCGCUCGCAAGUCAAGUCCACGCGGUUUUGGAACAGACGGACUCUAGCCUACCGCCACCCCCUGGAGACGAGUUGGAUGAGCAGCUUGAUUACAUGGAGGGCGCUUUUGAAGCCGUGGUCUCUGAGCUCUCAGGGGCACUGCAGGCGUCUUCAUCUGCUUCAGCCACUAAACAGAACAUUGACCAGGUUGAUGCCGUCCUCAUGGGCUUGUGGGAUAUUAUCCAGACGGGCGAAGCCGAAAUUGAGCAGAAGAGAGCAGAGCGCCGGCAGAACCGCUCCAUGGGCCAAGGCGGGGAUGACGAUGACGAUCUGUCAAGUAACGAGCUUGAGAGCUACAUCAACGAGCCAUACUCCCUACCAGCCUUCUCGGCCAAGGUCCAAUGGCUGUACGCGCAAGCAACAAGCCUGCGGGAACAGAAAUACAUCCUGCAACGCCAAAUCAAACAACAACGCGAACUCAACAACCGCAGCGAGUCAGAAAAAGACCGCGAACUCCAAGUUAAAUCCGAUGAACUCGAACAGACCCAGCACCUCCUCGACGAGGCCGAGCGCGCCACCAGCGAAGCUCAAGCCCAGCUCCGACAGGUCCUCGCCGACAUGGACACGCUCCAAAAGACCACGGCCGCCAACGAGGCCGCCUCGGCCUCCUCCUCCAGAGCCGUGCAGGACCAGCUCAAGGACCGCACCGCCCGCAUCGCCGCCCUUGAAGCCGACCUCGACGAAGCUCAGUCCCGCCUCGAAACCGCCGAAGCCUCCAUCGCGGCGACCCAAUCCGAACUCGAGGCCUCCAACGCCGCUCGCAAGCAGGCCGAAGCCGAACUCGCCUCCCUCCAGUCCCAGCUGGCGUCCGCGAUCCAAGCCGCCGAGUCGGCCUCGGCAGAAGUGGCCAAGCUGCAAGGCGAUUUGAGGGCCAAGGACGACGAGCUCGACCGCAUGAACAUGAUGGUCGUCGAGCUGAAAACCGAGGUGGCCGUCACCAAGGCUGAGCUGGACGGCGCGUACGGGUCGCGCAAGCAGCGCGCUGCGGAGGCCGCUGCGCUGAGCAGCUCGGCGCAGUCGGAGGAGCUGAACCAGACUAUUGUGAGGCUAAGGGCGGAGCUGGAGAAUGCCCUGAGGGAUUUGGAGGAGAUUACGCGGGAGUCGAUUGCUGCGGAGAGGGAGAGGGUGGAGAUUGAGGGACGGCUGGAUCAGGUCGUUGCCGCCAAGGCUGAGUUGGAGGCUGAGGUGAGUGGGUUGAGGGAAAGGUUGGAGAAGGUGCAGGAGGAGUUGGAUACGGAGAGGUUGAAGCCGCCGACUGUGGGUGCGGGUGGUGCUGGGGCUGGUGCGGGGAGGGCCGGGGCGAAUGUGAUGGCUGAGCAGUUCAGGGGAGUAAUGAAGGAGGAGAGGAAGAAGUUCCAGGAGGAGAUGAGGGAGGAGCAGAUGAAACGGAGGAGGGUGGAGGAGGAAUUGAGGACGCUGAAGAAAGCGCAGGGCAACAUGGCGUCAACGGCGACGACUAGGGCUGCGCUGAAUCCCGGGUGA